AAUCAGGACCGAGUUGUGCGGCAGGUCUCUCCCCACCGGGCGCCGCCAUGUUGUACGGCACCCGCCGCCGUUGACAAUACUGCGCCCUCACCUGGGAAACGAAGGAUUCUUGAUCAAACAUGGCGAGGUUAAGUGAGCAUGGGAUUCGCCUCAGUGCGAUGAGCCCUACCUACUUACACACGAACUCGACCAGUCACACCUGGCCUUUCAGCGCAAUCGCCGAGCUCAUAGAUAAUGCAUGUGAUCCAGGAGUGUGUGCCAAACAAAUGUGGAUUGACGUGACUGAGAUUAAAAAUGAGCUGUGCCUGAUCUUCACUGAUAAUGGGAAUGGAAUGACUCCAAUUAAACUACACAAAAUGUUGAGCUUUGGCUUCACUAAUAAAACUGGGAAUAAAAACCACUUGCCAAUAGGAGUAUAUGGCAAUGGGUUUAAAUCAGGCUCCAUGAGGCUGGGGAAGGAUGCUAUGGUCUUCACCAAGAAUGGCGGAGCUUUAAGUGUGGGCCUCUUAUCGCAGACGUACCUGGAGCAGAUUAAUGCACAAGCUAUAAUCGUCCCCAUUGUGCCUUUCAACCAACAGAAUAAGAACCUCAUAGUUACUGAAGAUUCAGUGCCAAGUCUGGAGGCUAUUUUAAAAUAUUCAGUUUUCAAAUCACAAGAGGAACUGCUGGCAGAAUUUGAUACAAUUGUUGGCAAGAAAGGAACCCGGAUUAUUAUUUGGAAUGUCAGAAGAAACAAGGAUGGAAAACCUGAGCUGGAUUUUGAAACAGAUCAGUAUGACAUCCGGAUCCCAGACAUCAAUUGUGAGGAGAACGCAGGAAAGAAGAAAAACUAUAAACGGCCAGAGAGGCUGGAUCAGCAUGUUCCUGAAAGUGACUACUCUUUAAGGGCAUAUUGUGGUAUUUUAUAUUUGAAACCUCGAAUGCAGAUCAUAUUGCGCAAGAAGAAAAUCAAAGCACAGCUUAUCACAAAGAGUUUGGCCCACAUUGAAUAUGAUGUUUAUAGACCUAAUUUCAUUAAUAAACGUGUAAAAAUAACCUUUGGUUUUAACUGUAAGAACAAGGAACAUUAUGGAAUAAUGAUGUACAACAAAAAUCGCCUUAUCAAAUCCUAUGAGAAAGUUGGAUGCCAGAUAAAGUCAACCACCAGAGGAUGUGGAAUUGGUGUAAUUGGAAUUAUUGAGUGCAAUUUUCUCAAACCAGCGCAUAAUAAGCAAGAUUUUGAAUAUACCAAAGAAUACAGGUUGACUCUACAGGCACUUGGGCAGAAGCUGAAUGAUUACUGGAAGGAAAAGAAAAUCAAGAAAAGACAAGAAGAAGCAGAUAGCACAGAGAUGAUAGAAGAGUCACGAACUGCUCCUGAUCAGGCAUGGGUUCAGUGUGAGACAUGCAUGAAAUGGCGCAAAUUACCACCAGAAGUCGACCCAGAAUCAUUACCAGAAAACUGGUACUGUAAUAUGAAUCCUGACCCCAAAUUCAGAGAUUGUUCUAUACCAGAGGAGCCAGAAGAAAGUGAUGAUGAGAUUACCCCCAGUUAUGAAAAAACAUCUAAAAAAUAUGAUCAAAGUCUGGAGAGAAAGAGAUCAAAGUCUUUGGAACAGGAGAGUUUCAUGCAAUCUGACCUGUUUUCAACAAACCAAAGAAAAUAUUGCUUGGAAACAGAAGAAAGUGAGGAGGAAGAGAAAGAGGAACAGGAGGAGGAGGGAGGCUGCAGAACACGAUCAUGUUCCACCAGUCUCAGUACAGCUUCAGGAUAUUCAGAUGGCGUGAAUGAAGAACGUAUUGUGUCCUCCAGCCUAGUAUUGAGCAGUAACAAGCGAAAGCAGAGUCCGAAAGGUAAAAGCCGAAAUAAAAAACGCUUUAAAGAAAAAACAGAAAAAUUAGUCCCUCCUGAUACAAUCCAACCAAUGGAAUCUGGAAUGGUCAACUCUACCAGAGAAAGGCAAAGCAACAGCAGUGACGAUGACCUCAUCAUCAUAGAAAAUGAAAAAAUCCAGAAAUUUAAAGACGUUCCCCAAAGCACCAAGAAGGAAAAAAUAGAACCCAUGGAGUACUCUGGUCUCCCUGAAGAUAACUAUGAGAAUAAACUAAUUAAGGAAAAUGGUUCAAACAGUGAUGGGUCAUUUAAUCAUGUCUCCACAGAAAACACACUUAUUUCGGAAGGAACACAGACCAAUAAACUUCCUGUUAUAAAGAAAAUUGAAACAAAUUCUAGUGGCACAAAUGAGCCCACAUACUCCCAUUUUAAUCUCAGAUCCCAAGGAAGUGCUUUAACAGACAGACAGAUUACUCUUGAUUCAACAAAGUAUACUCCACCUACAGUACAAUUUCUGGAGAACCAACUGGACCAUGCAAGAAAUUUAUUAGAUGAAAUAACUGCAGAAAGAGAUUGCUUUAGGAAGCAAAAUGAAGAACAUACCAUUGCACUAAAGCAGAUAACUAAACAACUGCUGGAAUAUCAAGAAAAUGAGAGACAACAUCAAAGUAAAAUGAAUAAAGUAGCUAAUGGGCCUGAAAUCUGGAGUCUUGAAGAGAUGAGAGCGCAUUACGAGAAAAUAAUUGAAGAUCGCGAUUCUUUGACUCGGCAGCUAGAAGAUGCAACAAAGGGGAUGGAAAAUUGCUCCUUCGAAAGGAAUCUUUUGAAAGAAGAGCUUGAGAAAAUGGAGCAAGAAAGAAAUCAAUUGAGAUCAGAGUGUGAAAAAAUAAAGCAGGAUAUGAAAUCCAGCAGAAACAAAGGGGAUGAAAUUUAUUGGACCAAAAAAUCAGCUGCUGCGUAUAGAUACUCAGAACUAGAGCUGAUGCGGACAGAGGUUGAGACAUUAAAAGGACAAAAGGAAGAGCUGGAGAAGAAAUUGGAAGAGGCCCUGAGAUGUAAUGCAGUACAUAAAGAAGCAUUAGUUCCUUCCACCAGCCAAGGAGUUGCACAGGCCAACAGUUUACUGGCAAAGCUGAAGUCACUGCGAAUAAAAGUUGGGCACCUGUUGGGUUCUGUACUGCCGCACUUGGACUUAAAGGAUAUCAGUUAUGAAACAGAUACAAUUGAUGAUAUCCUAGAAAAGGUCAUAGAAGCAAAUAAACUCUGAACCAAAUCUCUCAUAUUGCAUUAUCAUAAGAUAGACAACAACAGCUGACGAAUGUGUCUGACCAAAGUGUGUGUGGAUUUGUAAUGCUGAAUCUGAGAAAAACAGAAAUAAGUGAUAGCAGUGUACAUGAAGUAUUUGCACACUUUUCUACACUGACUACCAACCAAAAAUACAAAAUUGAAUGUUUUGAUAUCUGUGUACCUGUUCAGAUUUGUCCAUUUGUAAUGAAAGUCAGAGCUGCUGGUAAUUACACAAAUUACUGUUUAUGUUUUUUUUAUUUCCUCUGUUUGUUACCGAAGUGUGUGGCACAAAAUGUGUCCCCCAGCAGUAGCAUGAUUGAAAAUAUUUCUGAAGACACAAGAUUAUUUUAUUGGGUUUCAAAAAGUGGAACCAAGUGUACAGGACUGGCUUAAGCUAAUACAAGUAAUAAGCUAUACAUGAUGCAGUUGCAGAAGCAGAUAUCUGUUGCCUGUUGUUGCUUUUAUAAUUUCAAACCUGUGUAUUUCUGAAAUGUCUGUCAUUCUACUGAGAUGUCUAUCCCAUUCUCAGUUGCUUUUAAAAUUCCUGAAAAAGAGGAUUUUUUUUUUAACAUUGCCAUCUUAAUUAAUCUGUGGUCAGAAAGGAAAGUAUUAAUGAGGAUCACUUUUUCUUUUUGUAGCCAGUAGAUAGGUGAGUAAGUCUGAAAACCAAUCAACCGAUUGGUGUUGAAGUUCAGUAACAAAGAAUGACAAUCAAAGCUAAUGGAUGUAUGUAUGAUAUAGCCAAGUUUUCUAGUGUUAUUACAAGAGAAGUAUGUUCUCAAGAUUCAGCUUUCUUAACAUCCAUCUCUUACUAAAAUUGUUUCCUUUGAAACUAAGACUAUGAACAAGAUAUUCCUUGCAAUUACAAAUAAACAGAUCACUAUGUUGCCUUUGGCUGAGACUUGAACCAAAAUAUGGAUUUGAGUGACCUGGAAGUAUGUGAUUAUAUCUUGGACCUAUUGAUUACAACAACAUUUUGUUGUUAUAGUUAUUUGGAUACAAAGUACUCAGACUGAUUCCAAGAUGAUAGCUAAAAAAACAUACAAAAAAUACUAGAAAUACUCAGCGCAUCAGGCCACAUCUGUGGGAGGAGAAAGAGAGUUAACAUUUCAGAUUGAAGACGUUUUGUCUGAUUAUAGCUCCUUCCCCAAAAGAUUAUUGGGUCAACAAUAAGUAUAGGAGGCACAUUUCUUUGAAAUGUUUCACAAUCAUCUGCUUUAACUGUGGAAGGAGAACAUUGGAAACUCCCAAAGACAUUCAUUCCCAAAACUCCAUCUGAAUUGAAAGAAAAGUUAAGUCCAGCUUGACUAAGUGAGACUUGCUCAUAUUUGUUUAUUUUGUUAAAUUAGACUAGAAGUAAGUAUAUAAAAUGUGAAGAGGAACCCAGUGAACUUAAUGGAAUACCCUGUUUUCAAUGCAAUCUUAUUGUAUGAGACAUUAAUCCCAAAGGGAGAAAUUUCCUUUGGUGACCGGCAUUGAAUAUGUGUGAGAACAUUGAUUGCCAGUUGUGCUUGCCUCCCAUUUUGGAACUGAUGCUACUGGACAUGAAUGCAACCAGCAGCUGAUACUUUUGCACACAUUCUGUUCAGGUGACCAAAGACAAUUUUCGCCCUGUAAUUCCAGAAGGUCCAUUCGUCCACUGGAAGUGUGGCAGAGUUUAAGUUCUGGCAUCCACAAAGCCUUUUGAAAACUGCAGGGCUGCAAUUUUUAACAUUCUCAGGAUUGGCUACUGGCCCCUAUUCUUUCACUGGCAGUCACCCUGGCAGGCCCAGAACGUUUAAAGCUAGGCUCCUUUUAACAGUUCUUUGUUAUUUUUAAAUACCUAAGUAAUGUUAACCAUAGGUAUGUCACUUAUUUUCAGUUGAUUUCUUUGUCUGAAUUUGUUACCACCUGGCAAAAUACCUAGCCACUCAAAAAGUGAAUCAUAAAUUAGCACACUACAAUUGCUUUUUAACAAAUUGCUCUAAUUGUUAAGAGGAAUGCAAAUAACUUGCUUGCUAAAUAUACGAUGACCCUUUUACAUUUAGGAUCUGCAUUUUAAUAUUCCAGUAUGAUAUGGUGAAAGGUUCCCUCUGACUAUUAUGAAAGUUCCAACUCAUUACGACAAGCUAACAGUGCAAACCUGUUUAUACUUUGGUAUCAAAGUGGCAAUCCUAACUGAGGAAGUUCUAAGGGUGAUUUGUGGAAUGAAAAACUAUCUCAAUCAUGGAGUAAUUACUACUCUAGAUACCCUGCUGCUUUCUCGUACACCUUGAUUCAAUCUGCUUCAAGCUAUAUAAAUUAUAUAAUGUAUGGUGAAAGGGUAGGUCAAUUUUUGUGGUGGUGAUGGUAUUCUUGCCUCUUCAUUAACUCACAUUAAAUUUAAUUAAGUACAAACGAUGGUGAUAUUAGACAUUAAAACAAUACUUUUUACAAUAAUAUCUCCAUGUGUCUUACCCUGACCUGAGCCAGUAUUAACAUUCACUUUGAUUUGUGCCUGAACAAAAUUCAGUAUAUCCAAAAACAAAUGACUCCAACCAAUUAAUUACUUUGAUUUACAAUAAUCACGAUGUACAAUUAUUCUUACUGGUAGGUAAAUUGAGCAGCCAUUUUGUGAACACUUGAAGUUCAGCGGAAGAUAAAUGAGAUAACCAGUUCCACUGUGUUUGGCUAUGAUUGAAGGAUAGACAUCAGCCAAGUCAUGAGGAGAAGUAACUUCUCUUCCGUACAGUGUUUUAAGAUUUUUUUUGUGUGUUCCUUGAGCAGCAGAAAGGUGUUCUUUGAUUAAUGUCACACCUGAAAGACAAUACCAUUGGAAAAGCAACUCUUUUUCAAUUCAACACUGAAGUAUUAGUCUAAUAAAUGCUAAACUCUUGUAUUGAUCCUUCAAUAUACUGCUUUGCAGGUUAGACAAGGGUUUUCUGAGGGAGAUGGUAGUUUGAUAGUUUUAGCUUAAUGUGAGAACCUCAGAGUGAGAGUACAAAUUCCACCCUACAAAAUUGUAUUCAAUAAAUAGACACAACCAUAAAAACUGCUGAUUUGUCAUUAAAUUUCAAGUCCAUCACUAGUUCCCCUCAGAAUGAGGAGCAUGCCUGCCCUCUUCAGUCCAACCAAUAUGACUGCAGUAUCACAUUACUUGUUACUUUUUAUACUAGCUGAAGUGGACUUCAUGGACACUCAGUAAGUAGUAAGGAGAAUGGUUAAGAAAAAAGAACACUAUCUUCCCAGGAAGUAAUUGUAUCACUUUAGUCCACAUCCUACAAAUCUGUCAGAGGAUAAAUUUUGAAGUUGAGUCUGAGGUCCAUUGUUAAAAAGGUACUGCCAGCUUUACUCUACAUGCUGCCUUCGACUAGCUAUUGCUUGAUACUGAUACUGAUGCUAGCUUAUCGAAACAUAGACCCUAAUAUACUUAACAGAAAAAUGUAUGAAAUUGAAGCUGAUUGCACUCAGUGCAAAUUGAUUCCAGUUUCACUAGAUUGCAAUUUUAUUACAAGUAUUUAACUAAAAGAUCAGCCGAGCUCUGCUGAAGAACAGUUUUCGGGAGUGUAUAAAUUUUCAAUAAUUCUUUCCCGAUACAUUUUCCAGAAAUUUUAUUUUUUUAGUCUUUAAAUCCAGAUUAAGUACCAUUAUAUUCCAUAAUAGGGCUUGGAGUGCUAUUUUAUUGUAAUAUAUCUGAAUAUCAAAUAAACAAGAUUAAAAAUAUAUGUAUGCUUUGUAUAGUCAUGCCACUUAUGUGCAUGGAAUUGCAGUAAUGUUUUAGUGGUUGCAGUUAUGGGAUUAUGGAUCUUACCCACAUAAAAUGAUUCCUCCUUCCACCUGUUUCCCAAUGCAAUUUGUCCUUAAGUAUGGAACAUCACAAUACAGGCUUUUCAUAUAAAAGGAAUAAGUAUGUAAACAUAUAUGGAUUAAGUUUAGCUUGUUUUGCCUGUGGAGAGUUAUGCUAUUUGCGUUGUGAGAAUUUUUGAACUGGUGUUUGGAAGUUUACAGAAUUUUUGUUUAGUACGCUCUGUCAGAAUCAGCCUCAUCACUAUUGCACACUACUUGCAUCUUCAUAAAAUAAAACCUCCUGUGUGCCAUAUACUGAAAUAUUUAACUCACAAAAAUGUUGGGGGAACUGUUAACUGGAGUUUAACGCAUCCUCACAAAUAGGAGGAAUGAAAAUGCCAUAGAGAAGUAUGAAAAGGCUGUGUAAAAUGCUGUUGGACUGCCAUCUAAUGACAACAUUUGUUGCUCAAAAUCAAAAGUAUUCCAAUUCCCAGCCUUUCAACAUCACCCUCUUUAUUGAGAGCUAAAAGUAUAAACAUUAAAAACCCAAGUUGAUUCAGUGGAAAGGAUGUAAAGAAUUUUCUGAACUGCUAUAUUAUAAAGAAUAUUUUCCAAGGAAAGCAAUUACAAGCCACUCUGACUUCAGGAUAAAUUUUUGCCCUAUCAAUAAAUGAAGUGAACAGCCAUCUCACUUCCCUAAUCACUUACUCGCAAACCCUGCUUAUUGGUUAAACUAUUAUACUCAAUCAAAUUGAUAACCUAAAAGAGGAAUAUUUAAGUUUUUCUGUCUGUAACUAUUGGGGCCUGAAUUUAUUUCCAUGAUCCCACUGCUGGUGGAAGGGAGACAGAAUCAGGCUCCAAUACCUAUUGUUGUGUUUUCUCCAAACUCAAUUUCACUUAAAAUACCAAUUUAAGUGAACAACUCCUGUAAGUAACUUCUGUAAGCAACAGCUUAAGUAGGAACAACUUCUGGAGGUUGUCAAGAAACUUAACUGGAUCAUUAAUGCCUUUAAGGAAAACUGCCAUUCUUACCCUUUCCAGUCUUGAUAUGAGUGCAGGUCCAUACCAAAAUGUUUAAUACUAAACUUCCAUUUUAAACUUUUUUAGUAACUCACUCAGUUUUAAUGAAAGAAUUGCACUUUUUGUUAAGGAUUUCAAAUAUUUAAGACUGCCACUGAAUUUUCACAGGAUUUUAGGACAGGCAGUGAAUGAUUUUUGUUUAAGGUAGAAGGUUAGAUAAUAUCUGAGAUUCUAAACAGCUUUCCUGCAUUUGGCAAGCUCUGGACCUACAAUUUAUGGAAUGCAGAAGACUGAGGUAUCAAUAGUAGCAAGUCAGGGAUGAGAUUCCAAUGCAGCAAAUUACAGGUCUAAAGAACAUAAGAAAUAGGAGUAGAAGCAGGUGACCAGCCCCUGGAACCUGCUGUUCAGUAACAUCAUGGCUGAUUCAAUCUUGACCUCAGCUUCACUUUCCUGCACUCUCUCCAUUCCCCUUGACUCCCUUGGAGUCAGUCCAUUUCUACCUGGAAUAUAUUUCAAUGACUCCUCCUCCACAGCUCUGCAAGGUAAAGAAUUCCAAAGAUUUGUGACCUUCUGAGAGAAGAAAUUCCUUCUUAUCAUGGGUAACCCCUUGUUCUGAAACUAUUCCCCCUAGUUCUAGAAAUGAUCAAAAAGGGAAACACCCUCUUAGCAUCCACCCUGUCAGUCCCCCUCAGAUGCUUACAUACUUCAAUCAGUUCACCUCUCAUUUUUCUAACCUGCUCAGCUGCUCUUCAUUAGCCAACUCCUUCAUCCUAGGAGUCAACUUAAUGAACCACCUCUACAUUGCCUCCAAUGCUUCAUUAAACAUGAAAACUUAAACUGUAUAUGAUACUCCAGGUCCAGUCUCACUAACUCCCUGAAAGUUGCAUCAAAACUUCCCUACUUUGUACUGCAUACCCUUUGCAAUUAUGGGCAUUGUUCCAGCAACCUCCCUAAUUACUUACAUGCUCGCCUUUUGUGUUUCAUGGAUUGCUUUGUACUACAACAUUUUGCAGUCUCUCUAUGUUUAACUAAUUGUUUUGCCAUUCUUCUUUCUAAAGUGGAUAACCUCACGUUUUUCAACAUUAUAUUCUAUUUUGCCCAUGCAACCUGUCUAUAUCCCCUUGAAGGCUCUUUGGGUAGUCCUCACAAUUUGCUAAUCCACACAUUGUUUUAUCAGCAAAUUUGGCAACUGUAUACUGAGUCAGUUCAUCUAAGUCAUCAACGUAGGUCAUAAAUAGUUGAUGCAGCACUGACCCCCUGCUUACUGAUUGCCAAUUCCAAAAUGACCACUUUAUCCUAAAUCUCUGUUUUCUGUUGGAGCCACUCCAUUAUCCAUUUCAGUUCAUUACUCCCAACACCGAGCACACUUGUGCAAUAACUUUUUAUUUGGCAUCUUAUCAAGUGCCUUCUAGAAACCCAAAUACUCUGCAUCUAUUGAUUCCCCUAAAGGUCAAUAGUGAACUUUUCCUAAUGGACCACAACCAACAGAUUGAAAGUAUUAAGGUUGUAUAAUCUUAUGAUAACAGCUGUAUGCAUCCAAGGGAGAUGUUGGUUUUCUAAUUUCUGUACUUUCAAUAACUAAUUAGCUCUUUAUGAUGACUUUAUUCCAUAAUCAGUUGUAGGUUUCAAGUGUUUUAAUAAAGUGGGCAUUUGCAUUCCUUUUAAGGUUCAUUUGAUCAGUACAGUGAGAAUGUUCUGUAUUGAAAGGUGAGAUAUUGAUAUAUUUUUGACCAUAGUUUUUAACAAUUAGCUAUUGUCAUACCUUUGGUGCUGAAGUCAAGUAUUUCAGUUUUUUUUAAAUAAUCAACAAAUAUUAAUAUCCAAGUUACUAUUGAGAGACUAAAUAUAGGAGGGAUGCAAUUCCAAUUCCAAACUGAAAUGAGUUUCUUUUGCCAAUCUGUUGACCCUUAAAAUAAAGGGAGGAAAGAAUAGUGAUUUCUACAAUGCUGUAGUUUUUCUAUGUGCCAGUGCUGAGGCUCAAUUUAGAUGAGCAGAUGUGGUUUAAAUGUGAGAGAAAGGAUCUGAAUAUUACAUAUUUCAUUAGUGAUUUAUUUUUAAGAAAAUUCAGAGAUGUAAAAUUAUAGGAUCCCAAUAUGUGGAGAAAAUUUGACUGGAAAACCCUGUACUAACUAUUGCAGCCCACAAGAAGUGAGGAAGACCAUCUAACAUUCCAAACAAAAAUGCAUGCAUUCUGUCUACACUUUCCCAUUGCAAAAUCUGGCAUUGGAGAAGGAUCUAAAAUCAUGAUUUGAAUUGUAGUGUUGCUUUGAUUGAAAUUAAAUGAAAAUCCAAAGAAAAUUUAGAUUCAACAUUUUCAAAACUAAAUUGUGCAGUCUGAACCCAGAUGACAGACUCACAUGUAUUUAGGUCCUGCCGGUUUUCCUCACUUAUGAAAAUGCAAUCUGUACACUCAUUUCUUCUUAAACGUUCAUUUUUUUCAUGACUUUGAAUAAAGUAAAAUGUUAUGUUACUAUUAAAUUAAUAUUUAUUGUUUGAUAUUUACAGAGGGCUUUAUUGUGUUUGUAAGUGACAUUUUAAUUGUAUAAUUAUCUCAUGCUUUCAUUACGUUGUCUUGUGUGCAGUGACAAGGUAAUUGAUCAAUAUUUUAUAUCCAUGAUUGUGGCUCAUUGAAUUGAAGGAGUCUUCUUUUAAAAGGGUGUUGUAUUUGUUUAAAACAUGUUUGGUAAACCUGUUGUUCGUAAAUAUACAAAGCCAUAUAUUGAAUCAACAGAUGAAUUUCCUUGGCCCUCAUGAUAAAAUUGCUGUUCUCUUGUACCAUGCAGUUUUAAACCCUAUGAUUCAAUAUGUACUUUUUCCAACAGGAACACUAGAAACUACUGUGAGAUUGCCCUUUUAUUGUAGGAAAAUGCAUUAAUGUGAUUUAAUGACACACCUUGCAGUCCAAACAUGAUGCUGCCAAACAGAAACUUUUUAAAAAAUGUUUAAAAAUGCUAUGUAAAUAAAGAAGAAUAAAAAGUAUGAGCAUUA